CAUUAUUGUCAUCAAACCUGAUAGAGAUGGUUCUUUUUGGUGCGUAAUGGCAGAUCCUUCAACGGCUCUUCAAAGGGGCACAUGAGAAAGGAAAAGAGAUCACCUUUAGUCCAGCAGCCACCAAAAGGGAAACCAUCAGAGAUCUGAAUGCUCAACGGAAAAAUAUAAUUCUACAAAAGCAUCGAAGGGCAUACAGACGAACAAGUAGAGGAAGAAAGCAUGGCUGGAAUAAGAAUGUGAAGAUAUUUGCAUUUAUAUGUACGAAGGACGACAUUGCUAAUUCUUGCCUCUACAGCACUCUCAAAUUAAACAGAGUAGGAGGCUAUAACAGAAGACGGCAUUUUUCGCACCCGAAGACGAAGAUGAAGAGAGAAGAAAUAGCGAGAGGAAUAGAAAACAGUAACAAGGUAGAUUCAGUCGCUCACGUGGGAAACAAGGUUUUGCCUAUAACUGAAGAAAGAAAUGAACCACGUGGCACCUCGGAAAUCGAGAUCAAAACAAAGGCGAUAUGAAGAAGGCCAUUUCAAGAAUGAAAGAGUUACUCAGAUGGGCUGCUGCUGUAAAAGCAGAGAAAGUAGGAGAACUUAGUGGAAGGAAGGUUCUGAGGGUCAGGAGAGGGGGAACCCUUGAAGCAGUUCAGGAUGAUGAAGAAGAAGCAAGCAGUGACUCACCCAAGAUCAGUUUCAGAUGGGAAGUGGAAAGCUGCUCCACCACUUCUUCUGCCUUCUCAGUUGUCUCAGAAGCUUCCUCGUCAAAAAAUGGCCAAUCCGCACCUUCAUCGAUUUCCAUCCCGCAUGAAGAGGUUGGCUCUAUCGUUUAUGGAAGGAAAGGGAACUGGAUCACGACAGAUUCUGAAUUUGUGGUGCUGGAACUAUGAAAAAAAUGCAUAGAAGGAAGGUUUUCCGAGCAAGAGUAGCGGUGAAAGUUCUAAAGAGAGGUCAACUUCAUCUUAGUGAUUGUGGUCAACGGGUUUUGUUCAUUUCCAGUUUCUCAGAUCAGAGAGACAGUAAGAUCACGUAACCACUAGAAAAUAGAGAGAAGAUGAGAGAUGUAGGAUCAUUACCUUCAUGAUCCGAAUUCAGUAGAUGGUAUCAAAUGUAUCUUUCCAUGUGCAUGAAAUGACAAAGCUCGUUAGGGGUUUGAUCAAUCAGAUUAUAUGGCUGAUCUAGAAGAA